AUGUUUUAUGAUCUAAGUACAGAAGACGACGGCAAGAAGAUGAGCAAAGAAGUACGUGAAAAGGUUAUUGUUUAAUUUCACUUCCUGUGCUUUUCAAUGUGGUUAGGCCAUGUAGCGCCUGAGUCGAUAUUAAGUUGAACAGAAGCUAACACUGCACUGGCAUCCUCCAGAUCAACUUCAUAUCGACUCAGGCGCUACAUGGCCUAACCAAAUGACACAUUGAAAAGUUUACAAAGUAAAAUUAAACAAGAACCUUUUCACUAACUUCUUUGCUCAUCUUUUCGCCGUCGUCUUCUGUGCCUAGAUCGUAAAACAGCAGUGCAUCAUCCUUACUGGCAGCUCACUUCUAUUGUGGCUUUUUUUAUGUGCAUCAUUUUAUUUUCGCAGUAAGUAACUUUUUUUAUUUUUUUUUUUGCAUCAUUAUCUUCGGUUGUGUUUUUUUUUCUUUUCUAUCUGCACUUUUUCCUUUUUUUUUUACUUGCAGCGGUCUUCGGUUUCUUUUUUUGCAUCAGUAACUUCCGCAUUUCUGUAACUUCUGCAUUUUUUUUAUUUGCAGUAGUGGCGGUUCUCGGCCACCGUAUCAUUCAUGUCUGAGCUGUGUCACGUUUGAUUUUCUAUUAGGCUACCCACAAAUUCCAUGUUGAGUUUGUAAUAUUAACCAAAACUUUAAAAUUAAAAUUAAAAAAAAGAAAGAAAGAAAAGAAAAAGAAAGGGAUUCUGAUUGCCUCUUAAGGUCUGAAAAGGUCGACAGAAAUGAAUUUUCAAGCCAACAAGCCUACUUUGGGAAUCUAAGUAUUAUGUGUAUUACGGUAAUGACAUUAAACGUGCACUCACCCUUUAGCUCUGGUUAUUACGGUAAUAUCCGGCUCCCUCGGAUUGUUUGCUGCUGCUCCAGGGUUUGAGAAAGCUGCUGUGCGAUGUUACCUCCACACUCCUCUCUACACUGACACACACACACGCACACACAGACAGACAGUGAUAACAGCCAACGUUUCGGUCUGAAACAAACUCUGGAGACUUGUCUACCUCACACAGUAAGCUACACGUUUAUUCUCUGCUUUUAAAAACAUUUUUACCGCCUCUUCCUCGAACUACCGCCAGUUUCCUAACAAGGUUGUAGCUGUAUUUUUGUGUCUUUCAACGUCUUGGAGAGUUAACUGCCUGCUUCAAUUGAAGUCUUCUCACGGCGUCCGUCGAGGAGCUUGUCGGUUGUUUCUGCGAGUGAGUAAUGUUGUUUCACCUUUAGGUUAAUAAGUUAUUUUUAUUGUGGCAGUCUGUGUGUGAAAUUCUCCUCAAGUGUUGGUUAUUUUAAAAGCUGUUUAGCGUGGUUGACAGUUCUGUCAAAUUCACAGUUGAAGGGGGAAAAAAAAGAAACAUUUCCCUUCCCACCAGUUGCAUGGUGCGAUAAGCGUGAAUGGCGAUUUAUUCCCUUUUUUGUGUCGUUUUGCCUCAUAUAUAUAGUGUGUCUGAACUGUUACAUACCACCCAGUAACCAAAGUUAUUCAGCAGCCAAAGGUUAACGUUAGAAAGUAACUCACUAUAAUGAUUACCUCGUUAAAAGACAAGAAAGUGCUUUUGCUAUUAUUUAACAUGUACGGAAGCCCUGAGGAGACGUGAAUCCAUACACUGUAGCCUACAUAUUUUUGUGGUGUACAUGUGGCAGUGGGUGUACAUUUUUCUAUGAUAAUGAUCAACUUCAGGUGUUUCCUCAAUGUUAGCAGGGGUCUCCAGAGUUGCAAAUGCACAAAGCAAAUAUAGAAACAGACUUUGAAGUUACCCCAGUAGCAGUCAUCUGCCUGGAAAUGUGUCCUGCUGUCAUGAUAAAAGAUGUUUCAUUAUGUAAAGAGAAUGAAAUAUUAUAAACCUUUAUCAUGUGAUUACAAGUUUUGCUAUUCCCUGACAAUAGGAAACAAAUUUAAACUUCUCAACAUGAUGAUAAAAGUGACACUUUUAUCUCCAGAUAAUAUACAUCAGUCAGAAUCCAGAGAAAACCAGCAUCUUAGGUCCUUACACACCGGGGCCGACACAAAUAUAGAACGCAAAAUUACGAAAUAUUCAGAGGCGAAUUUUGACGCGCCUGACUAAACACAUCAAGCCUGAUGCGAUUUUACUUCUUUCCUGGGGGGAAAAAGACAUAUCCCAGGUGUAAGCGAGAAGACUGACACAACAGCAGACUGACUGUUUUUCAGUUCUGAUUAGACACUAGUGUUGAGAUGUCUGCCUGUCAUGAUAGCAUGUACUGAGUCGGGGCCAGAACCAGAUAAGCACAUUAAACUAUAAUCCAUAAACGUAAGGCAACAACCGAGACCUAAUGGUGCUGUGACAGCAACGCGAUUGAGUUUGAGACAGUGAAAAUACAAAUGGUAUGUUGUAUCUGGACAGGUUAGCUUACGAGCUAAAGUUACUUAGCACAGAUGAAAGUUAAAACAAAGACUUUUAGCAAACUGUUAAAGCGCACAAACCACAAGUUGUCCUUCAGGUUGUUAACUUUGUAAUGUUUGUGUCUUUUAUCAAAAAGUACUCUGUUCUCCGACACGUAAACAAUCAGCUGGUCAGCCAUAUUGGAUAUACCGGUGAAUCGGACGUCGCAACAACACACAAUCUGAUUGGUCAGAAGUGGACACACAGUAUGCGAAACUUAAGAAAAAUCGACCAUGAUCCAAAAAAAUAAAUGCCGCAAUAUCGCAGAAUGGGAAAACAUCACUGAUGUGAACGCUUGUAUUGACAGGAUACGGGUUCGAAAAAAAAUAUUGAUGUCCGAAAUAAUCGCACGACAAAAACGGUCCCGGUGUGAAAGGAGCUUUGCUUGUUAUCCUUGGAAAACAGUUAAUACGAUAUAUUGAUGUGGGCUCAUCUGAGGCUUUCAUUCACAAUUCACAAGUUACUAACCACUCUAAUUACUUUGGCUAAGCCCAGAAUCUCAACAGCCUUUUUCUCAUGAAUUUUUAAAAUGUAAUAGAAAUUUUUUUUAAACUUUUUUAAAGGGAGGUGGCAGAGUUCAUUGCAAAAUAGGUAUGAGUGGAUGAAUCAGUAUGAGAAGGCAGCAGUGCCAAGGUACAGCAAUGUUUGGAUAUUCAAGAGACAGGAAUCAGCCAGGUAAAACAUAUCCUGACAUGAUUUCUCUUCUGGUUGUGUUUAUCACAAAGAGGAGAGAAGAUACACUCAGCACUGUGCUGUAAUGUUUAUACAUAAAUGGAAGGAGUGUAUAUCAGAGUACACAGUUUAUAUAAAGGUGCCUUCUGACUGCCAAGCUAAUGAAGUGUGUUGAAAUAGCUGCUGUAAAACCUUAAAGUUCGCUGUGAGAGUCUCCUUAACACCUGGUAGAUCAGGGUAGUGUUUGUCAGGACUGGACUUGUCCGAGGUGCAGUUCAGCGCUCUCAGAAUAUACAGUCGUUUGUCAGCUCUAACUUACUGUUUAGUAGUCUACUGGGAAAGUGUCAGACCUGUUUCUUGUAAAGGAUUGUUCACUGUGUGGCUGAAAUAUGAGCUUGUUUUCCAACCUUCAGCGACUGAAUCGUGGAUUAUUUCCUCAAAUCCACACCACUGCUGCUGAGUGCACCCUUGUGCAUCAACAUACCAGAGUUUGCGGUGCUUCAAGCAUUUUCAACACACAACAAAACCUAACCCACGAUACAGGUUUGGGUCAAACAGAAGCAAAUAACAUGAGGGAAGAAGAAGAACAUGGCGGCUAUUAUGUUCCUUGUAUCUUAUUAUGUCAGAGCCCAGAAUGGAGCCUUGCAGAUUCCUCAUUUCCAUGAAUCAAGCCUUCUUCCUAUUCCAGCAGUUGCACAGUUUUUCUGUAAUAGCUUUGUGAUCUGGAUUCAAAAUGUCAGUCGUCCUCACUAUGUGGGCAGAUGGGGAAUGUAAUUGGCGGGGGACGCAGGAAAGAUAAAACAAGGCUUCCUUCUCUAUCCAUUGUGCUCAUGGUGAUAAAGUUUUUGCCUUGUGGAAAAUGAGUAAAAUUUAUGAGGAGUGGGCAGUAUUCACUUGUUGAAGAUAGCAUAGCUAUUUACUGAUCAGUUUUUUUUUUUUUUUCUGGGCAGGCUGCUCAUUCAGCAGCAUCACCGUCCUCUUACCCAGAGUGAGCCACCAUUAGAUAUUUCCCUGUUAAUACAUUAGCACUCUACUUUGUGUUCAGAAGAGGCUCUUGUAAAUGGGUCAGAUCCAGCCUCACGAUGACCUUUCAGUCAGUUUUCUUUUUCUAUGAGCGCAGUUGUGACUGCAGGAUACUGUCACCCCAGCCAACCUUUGCACUGUUUCAGCUUUUGUUGUAAAUUCUUCUCUCCGAUGGCUCUCAUGCAGAAUUUACGCACAACUCACUGCGCCAAUUAACAGUGGUACACUAAUCCUACAACAAUCAUUGCUACCAGUCUGGCCAGUGAAAAUGUGACCGUCUUAUUCAAGGGAUUAGAGACAGUUCAGGUUUGAGUGAUGGAGGAUGUUCACUGUAAAAAUACAUGGUGAAAUAAUCAUUGUACUUCUUAAAAUCUUUUGAAUGUGAACUCGCAUACUCCUCCAGCUGGAUCGAGAUUACAGAGAUGUGCUGUGAGGCUGAAAUAGUCCCUGGAGAGUUCAGCUGUGCCAUAUGUAGAUAGUUAAGUGUAGAAUCUAUGAAGAGGCACUGAUGCAGGCAAAGGCGCUGAGCAGUGCAGCCUCUGGAAAUCCCACAGGUUCUUCACCAUCAGCAUGCUGAGUAUCCAGAGCAGAUGGUCAACCCUUUUUGUUUUAACCUCCGAGUGAUUGAUUAACAUUACAGUCAACUACAUUCACCAAUAACAAUAAUUAUUAGGGAAAAGUUCACUUUUGGUUUCUUUAUACAGAUGCCAACUGAUGAUUUUCUUUGCCUUAAGAUGUUUGAUAUUUAGUGAAUGGGGUAUAAACACAGCUCUCCACAUGGACCUUUUAAACUGGUAAUCUCUUGGUAAUUUCCUCUUGAAAUAGCAACAAAUAUAAUUAACCUUUGCGAAAUAAUGGCUAGCUAUAUUUGAUUCCAUCUUUCCGUGUACUGGCUUCUAGUGUGUCUCUGGAGACUGCUGUGUACCCGCAGUACUGUUCAACCAAUGAGGAGCACUCUCUUCCCUUCGCAUUUAAUUUCCUACUGUUGGUUGUGACACUCAGACAGCCAUAGGCUUAAAUAAUGACCCAUUACCAGAUGUGCUUCUGUUAUUUCCAAUGGACAAGAUUAGAGAGAGAAGCUCAGACCAUAUGUUACUUUUCCACUCUGCUGUAUUAUGGUGUUGGUGGGCCGUCCUACUCAUUUAUCACGUCUAGAAAAGACAGAAUAACAAUCCCUUUGUUGAGUGGUAGCAAACAGCACACUUGAUUAUUUUUGUGUGUCUCUGGACAGUCAUUUCCAGCUGUCUACAUGAAUCUAGCAGAAUUUCAUUUGUGAUUCAUUAUCUUUGAUGAACCUUGUUCUUCAGGCAUUAAUUGGGCAAACCAUGCGGCAGUGUAUUUUCUUUAACUUGCUUAUACACCCUGACGUUUUGCUUAAAUAUUUCUUUUGCUUUUAGAGGUAUUUAUUUUUUGCUCAAGGAAAAUCUGGACAGUCCUUCCAUUUUUAAACCAUGGCUUUUAAUUUACAGGUAAACUCCAAGGCCCCCUCCCCCCUCCGAAUACUACAAAAGCAGAGUAUUGGCUGCAGCAGCAGAAUCAUCUUCCUUCAUUAGGAUUAGGAGCGAGGAGAGAAUCUGUAUCUAAUUGGACCUUAUUCACUAAAUUGAAUAUGGUUUCUGUUUCUAAAUUCUGACUUGUAAAUGUUCCACUUAUAAAUCAUUGGUAGAGUCAUCCAAAAUGCGGAAUAAUCAAUACCAGGCGGUACUGGUCAGCUGUUCAGAAAGCCAUACUGUGGAGACUGGUUGGUUGUUUGAGGUCUUUAUGUAUUCAUGUUCACAGUAGAGCAUUGUAAUUGUUUUGGCUGUAUGUGUGUGUGUGUGAUUUCUUUUUUUUUUGUGGUUUCACAUUUCACCCCUCGCCAUUUGGACAAUGUCCCCUUUCAGUUCUCCCCAGAAGCGGUCUCAUACAUCAGGUCUCACAUUUUCAACACUGUAAUAGUAUGUCUGGUUAACUGACCUCCUCAUAACCCUUUACUGGAGGGCUUCGGCUCUUGGAAUAUGAUGAAAGAAAUGGAAAUAUCUCAGCUGCUAAAUAUAUGCAAUCAAAGCAGAAGCUUUAGCUCUCCAUAGCCUCUCUCUGUCACUGCAAAGCCAUUCCUCUGCAGGUUUCCUAAUCCUUCUGCUACAGGCGCUCCAUCCUUUUAGCGAUAAGUUGAAGCUGGAGGAUUUGUACACCUUCUUUGAAAGCGAUGAUGAUUAAGUGACCGUUGCAGAUUGAAUUUUAGUUCAGUGAUUUAUCGACGAACCUGAUUCAGAUGUACACAUGUUUUUAAAAUAGGUGUGCUGAGCUGAGGACAAUAACCAAAACCAGAAGUUUGUGUCAAAUAAGUCCUAAACAGACAUUCAGCAGCAGCAGCUUUGGUUGUCAGCCGAAUAGAUGUCCCUGCUCCGACUUGGCAGUCCUUUGUUCAACAAUGUGUCUACAAAGUGACUUUUCCUGUUCUGGUGAUUUAAGGCUAAAGAUGGCAAUCUUAUUCCAGUGACGCAGUUCUGACGUAGUUCUAGCUUGAGCUUUGCAUGUCUGGUGUAAUCAUGCCCUCAGACCCUUCCUGGUCCCAAUGGACUCAUGCCAGUCCACCAGCCGGGCUACUAACCUUUGCUCUUACAAAUCCUGUGGUGAUCAUUCCUGUGCAAAGGGUCCAGGUUUGACUUCAAUAACAACACAUUUUCUCAGCUUACCACACUAUUGAUAACCCUUUUCCCCUAUUUAGGAUAUAUAGUAUUUCUAUUUCUGUAGCAGUUUGUUCAUUCCAUCAUAAAAUCUGCAAUUUUAAUGUUGAUACUGCUCACAGUCAAAUGUUUUCAUUUUAUUCCACUUAAAAACUCAAUUAAAUACAACAGUGACAUUAAAUGGUAUCAUUAUACCUUUGUUUAUUGUUCAGUAUGUAAUUAAGUGAAGUCUAACAUGGUGACUCAUUAUCCUGGUUUAAACCCCUUCAAUCCUGGCAUGCUGUGAAAGCUGGCCCAUGGUGUUCCAAUCCAAAAUGUCAGCCCUCCGCUCUAAUACAAUCUCUAUUACAACCCCUCUGCAGGCAGUGGACUUUCCCUUAUUUUAACUGUAUCUUUAUGAAUAGAAGCAGACUCAAUUUAAAUGUCUUGUAGAGGUUUUGUAUCCCUCCUAACUUACUUCAUCAUGGUUCAAAAUAAUAAACCAUAAAUCAUAUUUCCUAAAGGAUGAGAGGCAUACUUAGUGCAAAUGUAUGCAAAUAUAUGCUAACAAGCAAACCCCCGUGAUGUGCAUAAUGAUUGAAAGUCAAGACGAAAUAUAAAUCAGCCCUGAUAAGACUUAGGCACUGCCCCGGCAUGCACACAUGCAUAUGAGACCCAUGCUAAUCUUCACACUCUGUAUUUGCGCUUGUGUCGGUGACAAACUCCUCUUCCUGCACUUAAAUGUAAACCUGAGUAACAACAUUGACACAGAAGCUCUACCAGACUGGCUUUGUCAAGACAGAGAAUAAUAGUCUGUCUCAAAACAUCAGGGAAUUCGAGUUGAAGCCCGACCCACAUUUUACAGAUUCUACACAUUCCUGCAAUGCUGCACAACCGUCCACUAUAGCCAGUCUCAGUUAUGGGAGCAGGGAUUGGAUAAUGUUUAACUUAAUACAAUGUUACAUUAUAUCCCAAGUCCAGUCAGGUCAAGUUAAUCACUGUUGUUCAGUCUAGGGCCCGACCGAUAAGGGGGGAUCCCAUUACUGAUUAAUCGGCCGAUAUUUUACAUUUUUUAUAAAGUUAUAAAUAUAUAUAUACUGUAGAUAUAUACUGUAGAUAUACUGUAGGCUACUGCUCUUCAUGCCGACCAGAAGACCGACUGAUCAAACUGGGACCAGAAAAACUUUUUCAACUACCCCCCCGCCGAUCGGUGCCUCCCUGUCUUAACUCGCGUUACUCAUUUCCGGUCCGGUCUCAUCUGGAGACAUGCAGCUGCCUCAGUAAGAAAAGUAGCUGGAUCACGUAAUGUGUACUGUUGUUUAUUCUACCGUUACUAGCACGGCUAACAGUGUAGCAAGGCUAAUAGCAGAUGGCUAACUCUAACUUUAGCUUGCAUAUUACAUGGUGCUUCACCAUUUACUUGGUGUGACCAAGACCAGCACAGUGGGGGACAUCGUGAAGUGGGUUGAACUGAAACUUGUUGACUUAUUGUUUAUUUUACAAGCUGGUUUAUUUACCGUUGAGGCGGACCACUCUCCUUUGCGCGUCCCUGAGCUGCCUGCUUCAGAUCCGUCACUCUGCUCGGCUGUGAGGUAGUUAGUGGAACAAGACUGUCAUGAGGUCGCUGCGCCAUCUACAAGAUAAGUCGGGGAUCUUUUCAAAUGGGGGGACAUUUUCGAAACGAUUUUAUUCUCCGCAUUUUAUUUCAGAAAAUUGUCGAGUUUUGGCCGAUUACGAUUAGUCUCUGACAGGCUUAAAUUGGCCGAUUUAAUGGCUCGCCGAUAAAUUAGUCGGGCCCUAGUUCAGUCUUUUAUCUGAUAAAGCUUUUUAAUUUAGUUGAAUUUCCAGCUAACAGGUAUUAAAAACCACACAAAGAGGACUUAUGGUGGUCAGUUUUUUGCUGUAUGCGUCAAGGUCUAAAUUUUGGCAGCAUUUUACAAAAGCAAAACAUAAAGAGGAAGAGAAAUGAAAAUAUUUCUGUACCUUUGACCGUCUUUUGGUUAAAAAAUCUCUGUCAAAUCUGGAUGCCGUUGCAGUUGUGGGACAGUCAUCCUUCUCCAGUCGAUGCAGCUGUGGUUAGUGUUCCCAAACAUUGAAGCAUCCUCCUGUCCCUUUCUUUAAUCCCAGCGUGUCAACAGCAGAUGGCUAACUAACAAGUCAGGUUCUGCUCAAGGUUUCUGCCUGUCAAAGGAAGGUUUUCCUCACUACUGUGACCUGCAAAGUACUGCAAAGUGCUCCGCUCAUUGUACAUACACUAAUGAAGGUUGAUUGAUUGAUUGAGAAGUCCUGUUUGUUAAGAAAUGCAGUACUUUAUCAUGUGAAGAUGUAUCACCUUGAAAAAUGGCACUUGAAGAAGCAAGCGACGGAUUUUCUGCCAAAGCAUCUGGAAAGUGAGAACGAGGAGAUAAUUAGCACUGCUUGAUAACAGUUUUUUUUCUCUUCAAUAGCUGGUAAUCAUGUAUUUAAAGAAAAUGUUGCAGUACUGUCUAGUAAAUAAAUGUUGCGGCAUUUUGGUUUGAUUAAAAGGACUCCUAAAUUUUGAGACAAGUGACCAGGUGAAGGGGGUGAUAUGAGCCUUGCCAUUUGGUCGCAGACACUCUUAUCACUUCACAGCUAACAUAAGCUAAAGCUAUUGGAUGAGCACAGUACCUCAUGACUGCAAGUGCUCCCUCUAAAGAGCUUGAUGACCAGUUGAAAGAAUCUUUUAAAAACCACUUUAUCAAGCAGUUUCUUUACGCUCUUUAUAAUGCUUUGCUUGAUGUCCCAAACAGGUAAUUUAUCAGUCAUUGAGAUGCCUUGAUUAUCAGCAGGUAUUAUGACAUUUUUGCAGUUUAAAACAACAGUGCUUUAAACAAAUGCUUUAAGCAAACGCUAAUUACUGUCUAGUGAGGAAAUUAUUAAACCACAAUUUGAUUACUGUAUUUAUUACUUGUUUAAAUAAGGCCUCCUAAUUUAUCUGACUCAUCUGAGGCAGUAAAUAAUCGAUGACACUCGACAGUUACUCCUCUUCAGUAUGAGAGUGGCACGUCUUUAGCCUUUAAAGUUUCGACAAGUUAAACAGGGAGAAUGGGCAGCUUGGUGAUUUAUAAUUAGAUGUGACUAGGGGUGUCCGGAUACAACUUUUUUACUCCCGAUACAAUACUGAUAUUUUAGCCUUCAGUAUCGGCCAAUACUGAUAUUGAUGUGAUAUUGGUACAAACUUGUGCAUGACUUAAACGAAAAAUACUGCCACAUGGCCAACAUCACUCCUACCCCCUUGCUACUUUGUUCGUACUUUAGUCCACACUGUGUUGUGAUCACAUGGGCUCUGCAUGCUAGAUCUGGGUGCUGCUAGCUAGAGGUGCUGGAGCAGAGUCUGGAAUGGACUGCUUUUAUCGGAGUGCUGAUAUCGGAAUGAUAUCUGAUAUCAAUAUCUGAUCAGGACACCUCGAGUGAGGACAGUUAGUAUAGCUUAUCUCUACAUAAUACAUUUUUUUCCCUCUUUUACAGAUUUAUUUACAUAAUUUUUCAUCCUAAUAUAGAUCCCUUAUUUGGUGUUGGUAAAUAUGUGGUGAAAAAAAAAGGAUCACUGUUGAAAAGGGGGAGUAAUUAAUGGCACUUAUUACUUCUGAUACAUAUUUUGACAACAUCUAGCCAUCGUAAACAAAAAAAUAACACAUGAUUUUAUGUGGUAGUAAGUUACUAUCCAUGCUUGCUUGUUUUUACACAGUCCUGGACUGAAAUGACCCAGAGACCCAGAGAAAAUUCUUGCUGUCACUAACAGGCCCUUUCCAAAAAAAAUAGGCUAAAGUUAAUUGGACCAGGAGACAAUGGCAACCUUUGUGCUCAUUAGUGGUCCACUUCAUCAUGCUGGAACAUCAGCCGUUCUGUUGGAGCAUUGAUUUGCCACUGGCUAAGGUUGAUUCCCUCAUUUGUUUCUGUGUAAACUCAGCUGAGCCCUCAUGGCAUUUGUGGCGCUCUGUGGAAACCUGAUUAGCAAGCUAAGUGAGUGUUUUUCACAUUUGCAAAGAGACAGCUUUUACGUAUCUGAAGAUGAAUUAACAAUAAAGAGUGACACAGGCAAUCUAGACUGAAGGAAACGGUCUGGAUAAAAGAAGAACAUUUCCAAAUAAUGGAAUAACUGGAGCCCUUAAAUGUAUGGUAACGUAUUUUCUCAGACACAGUUGCUCAGUCAGUUGCCCUUGCAUGAAGUUUAUUCUAUUCAUUCAAAAGUGAGAAGUGACUGAAUUCGAUUUGAGCCUUAAGUGAUUGCUACCACUGGGGACCAUUAAGCAAAUUCAAGCCAUAAUUGAGGCGACAAGUUCUGAAGCUGUCUAAUACGGCUCGAGCGCAUUAAGGCCAGCAGAGUGGUUUCUCUACAUCAAAGCAGCUCUCACAUGCCUAGAAAGACAGGGUUCAGAGUGGCGUUUGAAGAGUCAGAGCUGUUUGACAACAUAAAUUCUGCUGCAAGCGCAGUCCAGGCUAAACCAGAGCCCAUGUACAAACAAAGACUUUAUUUUUAGGCCAGUCUUCCCACUUAAAAGUGGGCUGUUUCAAUUAGUGCCUGCAAACUGCAGGCCACGUUCCACUUCCUGAACAUGGACAUAACAUGCACAAAAGAGAUGUAAUGACUCCUCAAGGGAAAUGACGAGAAUCCUGUUGCCUGUCAUCUGAUUAUUUUCCACAUUUCAUUGCUCUAGUCUCCACUAACAAACUAAAAACUACACUGAUGCUUUUCUGUUAGUCCAGUUAUUGAAGAAGUUUAAGCUUGGCAGACGUUUUAACAGUUCACAUUAAGUUAUUUACUUCCUUUACUGUCUACUUGCUUCAGACAAGACGAAAGGGACUUUUUAGAGAGUUUUUUCAUGCAGUGUUCCAAGUAUCGAUUUUCUGUCCCACAGAACCUUUAUUAUUUGCACUCCGUCUGCUGUGUGGGAGCAUGAUGGACGAACCAAUCUCACAGUCUGAAUAGCAACAAGAAUGGUAUGUGCCUGUGGUGGUAUGGAUGCAGCAGCUAUGUGUCAUGCUCUGUUUGUGGAAGAUGCUCUGCUGACAAAUAGGAGAAUCGAUUCAGGUGUUUCUGUCAUGGGGUCAGGGCUGAGUAACACAGGGACAAUGACGACCCGGUUGAAUGCUAAAAUUUGGUAAUGUGUCUCAGACAGAGGGCUAGCCAUAAGCUUGCGGACAGAGAUGUUCUCAGUAAGAUAGGAGAGUAGGUGGUUGUCAGGAGAAACAAUCGACCCACCUUGACCCAUUGUGAUGGGUUUAUUUGAAUGAAUGAAUAAAUGUGUUCUCAAUGUGUGACAGUAAUCGAGAAGGGACAAAGGCUGCUUUCACGAAGAAAGAGUGUGGCUCAGCAUGAACAAAUAGGCUCAAGAAGACUAGGGGUUUAACAUUACAGAAAGUCUUGGUUUGGGGAGUUUUUGAUACAGAUAAGGGGGAAAAACUCACACAUAGAUUUUUUUUGAUGAACUUUUACACAAUGUUUAAAGUGAGCAAGGGCAAUCCAGGCUUAGAGGCCAGCUCAGAUAGUCUUUUCCUCGAACAGUUUACUCAAAAUGUGAAUAUAAAUAUUAGAAAAAAUACAGUUAGAAAAAUGCAGAAUCUGAAUAUUACCCAAAACACCAAAUACUGACAAAUUUUCACCAUGACAAGUAAAGUUCAGAGGUUCAUUUGCCACAUAUGGGGUGAAUGUUUGUACCAAAACAAUCAUGUUACAACUCUCACGCUUCCACUUCGGGCAGUUGUCUAAAAUUAUGUGUUGCAGAAAGAAGUUUAGUUAAAAAAAUGUACAAAAGAUUGACUGAUAAAGCGAAGACACUACUGAAAUAAGUCAUCUGAUUCUGAUAUUGGAUAGAUACUGAAUCGAAACUGAUAAGAUGUGACCAAAGGCUGAUUGAUGGGGCGGAUCUACUCAUUUCAGUUCUGUGAUAUUCUUUGUUUAUAUGCACUUGUGAUCAGCCCAUUUUAUAAGUUUCUGGAUUUUGCUCAGCAGAACGUUUAUGUAGCAUCGGUGGAAGCAAACUACAGAGGCUCUGCAGUUAGGAGUUAUUUCACGCUUGUCUUCCCAGCAAUUCUGCCAGCAACUUGCAGUUUGUGCAAAAAUCGAGUUUUGAGGGAUGGCGCUAGUGUGGCAAAAUAAAACAGAAGCCAAAACAAAGUGCUGAACAUUGUCAGCUAUGUUGCAAACAUGCCAGACGCUUCCAAGUGAUGGUUUGAAAGUGCGAAAAUCUAAUGGAGAAGGUUCUUGGAGGAUUUGUAGUUCUGGAUGAGAAGCAUUUGCAGUUUGUCAACAACAAGGGUUUCUGUUCCCUGGUUUGGACACUUAGAGCCAAGGCAUAUUUUACCAUCAUGCAACAUAUUUAUCUGAUACUGCUCUGCUUGAACUGUACAAGAAAACCUGCAGAUCAUCUCAAACUGCUUUCUUGAACAUGACAAUGAGUUCUCUGUACUCCAGUGGCCUCCAGUUGAGCACCUUUGGGAUGUGGUUAAACAGGAGAUUUGGAUCAUGGAUGUAAAGCCAACAAAUUUGCAGCACCUGCAUGAUGCUUUCGUGAUAUGUGGACAAAAAUCUCAGAGGAAUAUUUCCAACAUCUUGUUGGAAGUAGGCCACAAAGAAUUAAAGGGAUAUUCCACCAUAAGUUUAAGCCAUGGUCAAAAACACCGUAACACUGAGUCAGAUCCCCCCUCGAAAGAUGAAUUUUGCUGACCGCUUACUUCUCAAGUUCCACCAACUUAAGUAAAAACCGCACGAUAGCAGUACACAGCGGCGCCGGUUUAUGUCUCCACAUGCAAACCUCAACCAAAAAGCCACUCUUAGCUGCAAAUAAUGCUCAGAAUAACACCUAACCUCAUCAACAGUGCAUAUUGGGUCCCAGCACUUGUCCCACCACACAUACAAGAGUCUUGUGUUACACCUAGUUGGUGUUACGGUGAGUUUGACCAGGGCUUAAAUUUAUGCCGAAAUCUCCUUUAAAGGCAGUUCUGAGGACAAAAAGAGGAGUCCAACCUCGUACUAGCAGUGUGUGCCUAAUAAAGUGGCCGUGCUUUUCCAGUGGAGUGAAUGUGCUUGUUUGUUCCCGUUUGGUUUGCAAAGUUAGAAGGGUGUGGUGUUGCCAAAUCAUAAUUCUCAGUCUCAUCCUCACAUUAUGUAAGAUAGAUUGAUGCCAGACCGUCAGUCUUAUUACACAGAUUCCAAGUUUGAGUUGGUCAGAUUCUUUGCAGGUCUCAGGAAAGGAACAGCCCCUGGGCUUAAACAGGGGUUGCAUUGUUUCAGGUACCUUAGAGACACUGAAAUAGGAUCAAAUGAGAAGUGAGUGAGGAGUAGAUCCUCAUGUUUGGAGGUUACUGAGAUGCCAAAACACUGUAAUACAGCAGUUUAUAAUACUGUGAGGGGAGAUUUCGGCCUAGGCUACAUUUUCCCUUUGCAUCCUGACUAUAAUGAUUGCUAGUCUUACAAAUUGGGUUUUGUUUUUAAUCUUGAAAGACUGCUUCAUGACUGACCACAGUGUGCGGCUCGCUACUUGGCAACUAUUACUUGGUUUCCAUUUGCUCUGUAUUUUAUUUAGACAGGGUUUUAAAUUUAGAAAUGAUGUACCAAGCUAUUUUUACAUGUUUUGAUAACCAGCAAGAAGGGAUUAAAACAUGCCUUAUCUUGUCUUAAAAUAAGGCACAGGGAAGGUGUGGUUUAGGGUUUUUUUAUUGGUUUAGUUGAACUAAAACAUUGUUCGGGCUCUGACAUCAACACUUUUUAUCUGAUUGCCUGGAGGUAUACGCAAGUUCUCAGAUACAGGUUCUAAACAAAAACAAAAUGUACAGACACACUAAAGACUGACAGUCUGCAGAAAAAGGGGAGUGUAGAGUGAGUCUAGAUGAUGGACAAAGCUUUCUAUUUAGAGUUACUGUUCUGUUUUCUUGACUUCUCCGCCCCUCCAGUCAUCACAGUAAAGAUUACACUCUAUAAUGUCACAGGUGAUUUAGUCGGCCCAGUCAAAGCCAUUACUCUCUUUUGUUGCUUGUAAAGUUUUAUGGAGGUUGCACCUCUGAUAUAAUUGCUGUCCUGCUUGUUUAUAUAGUCUCUUUAUUGCUCUCGUGGUGAAAGCUGUAGGACAAAUGGCUUUGUCACACUGACCACUUAUUACACAGCUUUAGAACUAAACAGGAGUGAAAAAGAGAAAACCACUAAACAAGAAACCUCAGAAAAGAUCUCCUUCGUACAUUUAUUUGUGUUUGUACUCUAUUGUUGUUUCUCUUAAUGCAAAUAACUUGUCAUGUAUGUGCAGGCAGCCUUGAUCCAAUAUAAAUGUCUGAUUUUCUUGCAUGUGCCGUCAUCAUCUUCAAAGUUAUUGUGCAAAGCUUUGUGUGCUCCUGAGAGGCUUACCAGCUCUCGGAAAUCGUGUUGGCUGUUACAGUAGACUCCCUCUGUGGACCCGCAUACAUUUUAUUGGCAGUUAAAGUGUGUUCAACGUGUGUGUGCAUGCAUUAACACAACAGUGUCAGGAAUGAUGAGCGCCGGAUCAGACAACAAGCUCUGAUAUAUAGCACAUGUUCAGGAGGGGAGGUAAAAAGACGGAGGGUAGAAACGCAAACCUAUAAUCAAACAAACUGCUAGAUGCCAAGAUAGAUGAAAUAUUGGAAAAUUUAAGGAUCUGAUUUUGACCUUUACCAAGCAAUUAUGAGAACCAGUCCCUGGAGACACAGAUUGAGCUUUCAAAUGAGAGCCCUUCGUCAUUCAGCAGGGCUGCCUAGCAACCAGGUAGCGCUUCAGCGAGCAAGAUGAGCCGAGCAAGGAGCAAGGAGGGAGCAAGGCUUUGAAUAGUCAGAUUGAGAAAUCUCAGGAAUCAGUUGUCUUUGGAGUUGAAAUCAGUUAAGGUAAUGUAAACGGAGUGGCUCAUUUAGAGAAAGAGAAGAGCUCAAGGAGUAUUUCUAGAAAUGGGAAAACAUGUCUCCUGUAACUCCAGAAAUUUCUGAUAAUAUGAUUUUUAUUACACUUUCUGUACAUAAUGUUCAACAAUUUCAUACAAGCAGAAAAAAGGGUGUAAAAAAGAGGGGGGGGGGGGGGCAGUUUAAAAAUGGAGAGAAACCAAAAACUGUAUAUAGAAUAGAUGACGUCUGCCUCCUUGUUGGGUGAAGCCACAGUGAGAACAGCACCCUCUGUUGACAGGCUGCAGUAUAGGUUACAAAUCCCGCCUCCUCCAGCAAUCCCAAUGGAGCUGUCAACAAACUUUAUAAAUUAUUUACACUGAAUCUAAAUUUUUCUCCCCCCUGCUUGCGAUGUUGACAUAUAUUUACUAUAAGACAGGUUUGUGCUCAAGUCCACUUUUUUCUGUACAGCUCCAUUUUUAAAAGUUAUUAGGGGGUUCAGGUUUUCUAUGAUUGACACUUGAUACAGCCUAUGGGCGUGAAGAUUGCAUAGCUCACCCGAGGGAUACGCUGCCAAAUGCGUACUAUUCUACUGUGCAAUGUUGGUUUCAGGAAGUGGAGACAAUCCCUGAAAUGCCGAGAGGAAUUAGGCUUCAAAUUUGUAUAAUGACAGAAGGUGGAGCCAAGUUGUCCAUAGUAUAUACAGUCUAGGAGAGAAACUGAUGGACUUGUGGAGGAAAAUGUGGGAUUGUGUCUCUUGAUUAGAAUAUAGUUUGUAGUAAUUAGAGUUUUUAAAGUGUUGGAUUUAAGUGUUAGAUACAAAGCAGAAACCCAGACCAAAUGUGAUCUUCAUUCAGUCUCUUCACAGAACCAAUGUCUCUCACCGGCUAUGGAAAGUAUUCAAAGCCCCUUUAAAUUUUUCACUCUUUGUUCAUUUGCAGCUAUUUGCUGAAAUCAUUGAAGGUAAUUUUUUUCCUCAUCAAUGUACGCACAGCAGCCCAUUUUGUCAGAACAACACAGAAUUGUAGACAUCUUUGCAGAUUUAUAAAAGGACAAAAACUGAAAGUGUCUGAAAUUCUGUAUUUUUCUGUCAAAAUGGGCUGCUGGGUGUCCAAUGGAGAAAAAAAAAUUAACUUUAAUGAUCGUAGCAAAUGGCUGCAAAUGAACAAAGAGUGGAAAUUUUAUCCCCACAGUGUGUCUAUUAAAAUCAAUGUUCUUAAGUAGAGGGGCAAUUUUUACUUUCAGGACACAGUGGGUUGUGUGUUUGCAAACCAGCAAGACAAAAUCAAAGCAGCAGCAAAAUGAGAUCCUCACAAAAACAGACAUUUUGAGUCUGUCUAGUUCACCAAUUUGAGGAAACUUCAAAACAACAACAACAAAAAACUUUUAAGUGGAGUUUAAAACAACUUAAAAGUGUCUUUUUUUUUAUAUAAUGCACUUCUUCCUAUGCAACAAACAGAAAUAGUCGAGCAGUCUUUGUCAGCUUAACCACUUGUUACCCAUCAUGAACUACUCAUUAAAUAGCCACACUGAUUUCUUACACCUGAUGCACUGGUAGACACAGAACAAUCCACAAACCAUAAUAAUUGUGUUAUUCUCCACAGCAUAAUUCAUUUUCAGCAUCCCCAAAAGGCUCUUUGUCUCUGCGGCCGCAUGCAUUUUAAGGCUAUGAAAGAACAAUUUGGACUGUUACCAACAAAGCUGCCUUUCAGAUCACAAUCACAAAGUGAACCAUAAGCCACAAAGUGCUUCAACACAACCUUUUCUAUUAUGAUUGUGGGUUUAAGGGUCUGCUGGGUACUUCUGAAAUGCUCAAAAUUCUCUCCUUAAUAUACCAGCAGUCAUGGGAGGAGAAUAAUUGGCUGUGCAGAGAUGUAUCCAGUAAUAACUAUUUGUUGUGCGUCAGCAAAGCCUGCCUCAUUAGAUCAUUUAAUUAGUCUUGACUAAAAGUUACCCUGGACAACAAGCAUUUGACAUCUGGCAUUUAGAGCUACCUGGGAGCCCACAAAACCACCGCAGCCUUCAUUUUCCCUGACAUCACCCUGGAAGAGGUGUGCAUGCAGAAACACGUACAGCAAAAUUAACACUCAGUUUUAAGCUUGGUGUGCUGCAUAUGUAGUUUAAUGGUUAAAAAUGUCUUUAUUUUUGGAUGGAUUGUAAAACCCGAGAUCUUUUGCGGCUCAUUUGACGUUUUAAUACGUCAACAAAGCUCACCCUUUGUUUCUGUGUUUGCUGCCUAAGAUCCAUUUUAAUUAUAACUCAUCACACAUUAAAAUCAAAGUGGCGGUGCAAUGAUAUGCUGCUGCUGCAGAGAUGAGCAAAUCAAUAACAAGCCUCGCUGUUAGUCACUGCUUAAACAACAAAAACAAUAAUUAUACAGAAGUCAUAAUAACAACCGUUUGGCUGUUUGUCACAGCAGUGUGUGACAUUACCACAGUGACAGAGCUUUGAAGCUUUAAGCCAGCUUGUUAGUGAGUAUGUCUGAAGGCAGGACCUCAUUCUGGUCUGUUUCUCCCCAUGUGGGCUGGAUCCCCGCUGAGCUCCUAUGGUUUAGCUCCUUGGAGGAGAUCAUUUCAUCUCCCAGCUGCACGUGUGCACCAAGUGUCAGCUCUGCUUAACUUCACCGCAUCUUCAUUGCUUCAGCGUGGGCUUCACAGUGAGCCUGCCAUGUCAAGAUGGCUCCAGAGACAGAAACGGCGUAUAAUCACUGGCAGGUCUCAGUGGCUUCAUACUGGAACCCCCCCCAACCCUGGUCGCACAUGUGCUGUGUUACACGAUAAAAAUAAACCACCUGUUUAUGUUCCCAUCAUUAAAUCAUACAUUGUUACUCUGCUUGGUCAAACUGCUGGCCUGUGCGACCUUUCCUCUCUGUGUUUUGAUUGUGAGAUUACUCCUCCCUUUAACAAUAAUUUACCGGAAAAGACAUUUGAAGACCAAAUCUUUUGUCUGAUAAAGAAAACAAAUUUCAUUAAAAGCAGGAGACACAUUGAAUAAAUCAAGUCUUGCCGUAGUUUCUGAAAUUAGAAUAAUUUUUUAAUGUCAGAUAGUCUAAUUCAAUAUAUGAACUAUAUAUAAAAAUUCUGGCAUUAAAACACUUCAUGAAAUAAAUUUGUAGCCUCUUGGCUGGAUGACAGCUCUGCUAAUGGAUUCACUCCAUUUUCCAUCACGCACUUUAAAGAAUCUUUAUGUGCAUAUAUUAUCAUCUUAGGCCCUGCAUCGCCAGGCUCUUUGACAGUUUGACAGUUGUGUAACUUUCUUUUUGCGUUACUGUUUUCUUAAAGAAGGCAUCAUUACCUCAUCUCAGUCGCUGGUUAACCUCUCUCCUCUAUGCUUUUUGCUCUGGUCUCUAAGUCUCUUCCUCUCUUAUCCUCUGCGGCAGUGAUGUCUGGCCACAGUCACGAAGGGCACACUCACUUCACAGACAAGUGGUGCUGUCCACAGUGAGAGCGUUUAAUUUAUAGACGGUAAAUAUAAGACAAUCCCACUUGCUCAGAUGUCUCUCAAGAAAAACAAUACCGCUAAAAAAAACAACUGGUCAGUACAGGAAGUUUGAAUAGCUGUUUUUGUUGUUGUUGUAUUUUAAAGUAAUUGACAUAGUCUAGGCACUUCUCCUUGAAUAGAAAGUGCUCUUGUUAUCGGCUCAUAAAGAAUAAGGCUUUUAGGGGACAGUGGCGAUUUCCAGAUAACUGGGAGUCUUAAUAUUUUAAGACUGGUGAUUUUUUUCUACUUCCAUCCACUGCAAGUUUACAAGUGUUCCUUUGCACUCAGUAGGAGAUGGGCAAUGAGUUCUGAAUAUUUGAAUAGUCUUUAAAUGUAUAAUCAAAUUGUUAAUGCAACGAUGGUUUUGUUUUUAACAAAAGGAAAAAAAAGGGCUUUUAUCAGCACCUGGAAAUAACGCAAUAACACUAAAUGACGCGCCAGUUAAUGCCCCAAGUCAUACAAACCACAGAAACAUGUAGGGACUUGCACAUGCAUCAAAAAAUUCUGUGGGGAGCUCCUUUGAAAAAAUAAACGGAAAUGAAUUGCAGUACGAACUCUGCAAGGUUAAACUAGCAUAUCACAUCUCGAUACUUUGCAGCCAUUUGAGAGUGUGGCAUGCAGCAGAAAGAGGGGCGCUGUCCGCAGAUCAACGAUCAAUGGCAAGCUUCGUCACCCAAUGAAGUUUGAUGAUAGACGCACAGAGCAAAUAAUGAUCUUUGAAUAAUUUUUGAAUAGUUACCAGUGAUUAUCGAAUAGCACUUUUGCUUGAAAUGCCCAUCCCUUUCUUUUGGAAAAGGCAAAGAUUUACCCGGGAUUUCCUCCGCAUCCAGAACGGCGGCUAUUUUCACCGUACGCCAAUUCCUAUUGGACCGUUUGUGAGGCAAAUUUCAUGGUGGAUUACGGACAGCAGGAAUCGUGAGAACUCACAAGAACCCGCAGAUUCACGUGCAAUCGCGCGAUAACGAAGCCGAUGGAAAUCGACACAUUAACUUGAAUGGUUACGAUCAGCUACGAUCGUGGAUACUGCCUUUUCGUAGCUGUUGGUAAUGCGGUGGAAAUUGCUGGUAACACAACAGUGCAAAAGCCAGCGUACAGAAAAAAUGUAUCACAACUCUUUAUAUUUGUGGUGUGAAGAGGAGACAUGGCCGAUGCCGCACUGAAUAUCUUGGUUGAUACAAAAAUGUAUCAUCUCAGAUUAAAGUGCUGCUUAGGUUUUUCAUCAGGUUUUCACUCUUACAGCCUCACUUAAACAGAUUUAGUAGAAAUAUUUCAGGACUGUGAAGAUGACCACUGUUUUGUAUUUAGGACUCCCUGAAGGAUGUUCAGAAACCACGCAAGACACAGUCUUACGUAAUCACUCUGGAGGAGGUCGACCAGCCGGGAGGGGAAUGUCCCUCACUGUGCAAUGAUGUAAUAACCAAAUAUUAGUCAGGGAAAUUCCAAAUCCCAGGCAUCAUUAGGAGUGGUUCAUUCUGUGGUGAGUGUUCCCAAAAGGUUUAACAGUAUUAAUGUGUUUGACUCGGCACAAUAAUCCAUUGACAGUCAUUGAGAAUCCUCAGUCGGGCUGUAUGCACAUUUUCCAGGGUUGCAUUGGUGGUCUGUUUUGACUCGAGACAGGAAUUCUCAGUUGCCUUUUGUUCAUCACCAGCUGUUCGUGUUCAUCUGUUCUCUCAGCCAUUUUACCAUAACUGAAACUUCAAAGUUAUUUCCAGUGGAUGCAGAGCAAGUCUCUGUCUGGCAGGGAAACCAUUAUUUCAUGAUUUUUUUAUUUUUUCAGAGAAUAAUCUUCACAGCUCGAAAAUGAGAAGCAGAGCCACAUUUUGUCUGACAGUGUUCAUCUUGCCGUGACAUAAAUGAGUCAAAGCUAUAUUUUCUGCUGGUGUUGUUCUUCGUGUUGUCUUGUUCUAUUCUUGUUGGUAAAUGAAUUUUCAGGGACAUCUUUUAACAACAUAUUAGCAAUGUACCAUGAUGCACCAACACAGCAAGUAUCAGGGUAUCAAAACCAACACCCCAGGUGGCAACAUGUUAUAAAAGCCUUGCUGUGCUUUAAUUUAAUGCUCUUAGCAGUGCUUAGUUGGAGCUGUAAUGACUUUGUUGAAGCUAUAAUGAGGUCCCAGCCCUCCCUUGCUGUCUUAAUCAGCUCUUAAUGCACACCAGUACACAGUAAAAGCCUUUCAUCAGUGCACCUUUUUUAUCUCGUGUAGUUCCUCUCUGUAAUUUUGUCCUGUUUUGAUUUUGCGGUUUUGAUAAAAUGCAUGGGAUUCUUGGAACCGACCUGCACUGCAGUGUCAUAAGCAAACUGGUCAACGGAAAGAGCAGCUCUGGAGUUACAGCAGAGAAUGUUGUUUUUUUCACAAGCUUAGGGCAGUGAGAGCAGCAUGGCUUGAGAAAAAGAAAAUAGUGAGACUUUUAUCUGCUCCAUGGGUCUUAGAAAUGGGCAUGCAGGGAUGUAACAAAACCCUGGAUCCUCUUUGCAGCUCUUUGUUCAUAAGCAUAAAGAACCUAAGGCUCAUGGUCGAGGACAGACCUUGAAUGUAAAAAUAUAGUAAAGGUAAACCAUGCCUCUUUAACGCUGCCCUAUCGACAGUUCCUGUGCUGCAAACCACAUCAAUCUGUCUAAAGACAAAUCUUGUAGGCAUUUCCUGGAGGCGGUGGAACUGAAUCAUUCUAUCACUGUCGAGUAGCUAUCUGAGGUUGUUGUGGAAAUGCCAAAGACUUCACUUCAAUAAGGAGCCUUACAGUAAUGCAUCUUGUCUUGCUUGAAGACAUAGGUAUUGAGGCUGGUUUGUUUCAAGGAAAACUCAAGCAUUAAUCUUCCCCAUCAACUGAAUUUAGUCAUACUUUAUCUUUAACAGCUCAGGUGUCCUCCGGUCUACUUUUGAUUUGCCAGUUGACCAAGAAAAGUCAACACUUACUUUCAAGAAGUCAGUGGUUCAUAAUAGACUGUAAAACUGAAAGACAUGGCACAUCUGUGUACUAAACUGUUCCUCUGUUGCUUUUAUAGCUGCCUAGAGACUGAGCUAUUCCCAGACAGCUCAUUCAAGGGUGCAGGCUUGUCCUCUAACACUCUUUAGCAUGCAUAGCCCUGUGACUUAGUCAAACACCCAUGAGCUUGUUGAGCUUAUCUCAUUAAGUUUUACAGACUAAACUGCUAUUCAUAAACUUUGUUUAGGUUUUAUUUGCACAAAGACCCUACAGCUACACAAUACAGGUAUUCAUGGUUUGAUAUGUACCACAGUAGGGCUGGGCGAUAUGGCCUCAAAUCAAUAUCACAAUGUAUUGAGCAGUUCACCUUGAUAAUGAUAAAUGGACGAUUUAUGCUGCUCACCCCCUCCCAGAUUAACUUCAGUCGCCGCUGCAGCUGCUACAACUUUUGAACCGUCCUCCAUCUCCUCACCUGUCUUUCCCUCUUUGUUACUGACUGAAUGGGGCGGAGUCACGUCUCAGACGUAGGACAGUGUCUUAAAAGGACAUGAGACCAGCCUACCUACACACAUCCAAAAAAAACUUUUAUUUAUGUAUUUUUUUGACAUCGAAUAUAUUGACACGGGCAAAAUGACUUUGGUUAUUGUUGCAAACUUUGGUAUCGGUAAAUUUUGGGUUUAUUGCCCAGCCCUAUACCAUAGCUUUGACAACACAGGUUGGUACUUUUUUUUCUGUACACCAAGGGAGCAGUGAAAAAUUACAGUUUGAUUGUUCAGUUUUUAAAUGGGUUUGAAAUCUCGAGACAGCAGACAUCAACCUGCAAUGUUAAAAAAUGAAGCCGUGGGCAGUGCAAAAACUGCAGUUCCCCAUGUGUUGGAAAGAGCAGAAACACUUGUGUAAAAAUAUCUUCACAGCCAUGUUCAAAACAUACUUGCAGCACACAUAGAGUAGUCAACCCAUUUCCAGUAGCUUUAGCCCGUCUCGCACCAAUUCCAUUCCUGACUUGUAUGUCAUCCCAGACUCUCUCCCCACAUUUCCUGUCUCUUUCCCAAGCUGUCGUAUCAAACAAGAGCCCCCUCUGCUCAAACCCUAUACAUUUCCUGGACAGCUCCAGAGGAAAGGGUGUACCAACCAAAGCUGUCGUAACUGUUGAUAGAAAAACAUGUACUGUUCUGUAUAGUUUCCUUAUGGUGCACCAGCCCAAAACACAAACUAGUAGUAUUCAACAAACAUAUAAACAUCUGGAACUCAUUCAAUUUGUUGGAUGUUAUUCUGUGAAAUCAUAGCAGAUUGUUUCUCCUGUCCUUAGUGUGUGUGCUAAAGGAUUCCUUGGGGUAAUUAGAAAUCCAUACCGCCAACGACUAACCAUGAAGAGGUGUACAUUUGUUUACGCCAGCAGAUAAUUCUGAGUGGGUACAGGAGACAGACAUUUCAUUGAGGAUCAUCUGCUCAUGUGUGUUUCUAGUCUGUUGAUCAGAGACAUUUUGUGCGUCAUCUUGUCUUGUCGCUAUAUGAUGCUGCUACAUAUCUCAGAUGAGGGGAUUUAGAGGCUAUACUGCAACUCAUUUCUCAUGUUAUUUAUGGAAAGAGGAGGAGAUGAACAGGCUGUGGAGCCUGCACUCUUCUUAUUUUGAGUAACACAUUUGUUCACAGUUGCUCCUAGACACCCACACACUGCUUUCUUCUUACAAUACAUUUAUUUAUUUCUUACAGGACAUCUUUUUUAGUCACCAGCCAGAGAUUUCUCAAGGACUUCACACCUUUCCUACACAAUCUCCCUCCAAUGUUUAGCAGCUUUUCAUUUACACAGCACAUGUUCUGUGACAAAACCCUGGCAAAGGAACACAGACAGUGCUGUUUACUUUGCAUAUUGCUGGUAUGGGUUUCCAGUUUAUUCUUUAUUCCAGGUAGACAAACCUGGCCCUUCUCCAAUCACUGAGUGAUUUCACAUCCUCCUCUGUGAUAAGACUCUCAUUCCCUGUUUAUCCCACAAGCCGGUUCAUGUACUGAUGCGCUGCAAAGAUACGCUCAAUCACAGAAAAGUAAGAUACCCUAUAUCUUCAGACUGUAUCAGUAACAGGUUUUGCAGCAUACAUCAGUGGAACACCUGCCAGCCUCUUUUUUUUAAAUCCUCCAAGCUAUUUUAUGGCUCACAUCACAAUAUCACACAUGAAAUGUUUUCAGCUGAUCUGGGGAUAUACCUUUCUUCGCCACAUGGGAUUGAGUGUCUGUUGAUGUUCCCUGAAUCAGGACAUGAACCACUCUCACUUUGCCAGAGUGGUUCGUUCAAGCAUCUGUGCUCUAUUUUAGUCAACAAUUUAACUUAGCAUAUCUUUGAAUAUAAAAACAUAAAAUACUCAAAUAAAUGCUAAAUAAAUUAGACUUGCUCUAUGGUGGAUUGCACAUGCUAACUGUGGUAGCUGUGAGGAAGAGCAGAGCAAGAUUAGAGGGGAACUGAAAUGUCAACAGAUUAAAUGCUUUGUAUUUUAAACUUAAACUGUUGUAGCUAGCUCCAGCGUUCAUGGAUGCAUGUAAAGCAGUUGUCAGGCUGUUUAUCAGGUGAUUUGUCCAAAAUGGGUCAAACAAAGUAAUCUGUCAAUUACUAAUGUAUUUACACCUAAUACACAUCUACACACUUUGGUCAUUGUGUGUAUCGUGUUUGUAGUUAAAAGACAUGUACAAUGAGCUUAAUAGAACGGAAGACGACAACAGUCACUUUUUUUGCACUGUUAUCUUCUUAUGACGACUUAUCUCGUUAUCUCGAUAUAACAAAGUUUGUUUUCUUUUUAUAACGAUUUUUUUCAUUAUCUUGACAUAACAAAGAUCGUUUCCUCAUGAUAACGGCAAUUUUAGACAACAUUAAGCAGUAUCUUUUGAGAAAUGCCCUCCAGAUUGAGAUAUUUCUAAAAUGCUGCAGCCAGUGUUGUCAACAGCAAGCCGUUUUUUUUAUUGAAAACGCUGACAGUAUGCUCCACUUUGGGCAUUACACUUUCAACGUGGGAACAUUUAACUACCAUCGGACAACAACAUAAUUAAUAAAUGUGUUAUCAUGAGAAAACAAUCUUUGAUAUGUCGAGAUAAGGAACAUGAAAUAAUUUAUUAUUACAAAAUAAACAAUCUUCAUGUCGAGAGAAAAAGAAAAAUCCAUGGCCGUUCUCGUCUUCAGUAUAAAAGACUGUUAAGUUGUUCUUGAAGUUUUCAGUGCCAAUGAUUGGACACUCAUUAGGAAAGCAUGUCUUCACUGCAGUUGACAUAAUACACACCAGGAGUCUUUUCAUUAAUCCACCCGCGACAGAACCGAGGACACCAACAGAGUCACUGGUGGCUGGCUCUCAGCAAAGACCUCAUCAUCAAAGGUGGUCCAAUCAUGAAAGGUGUUGUCAUUGAUGAUGAGGCAAUUGCUGAUUGCCAGGCAACUCGGUAGACAUCAAAAUGGCAAGUCAGGGAGCACCAGGAGGGGGGAUUCAGACAUCAUGCAUGUUUUUUCAAGCAUGGGGGAGAAAACAGCUCUGCCAGUGAGGUGUGUCCAGCCUACUGGUUUAUUGCAGACUGUUGGGGUUCAGAUCACAUCUCAAAGGAGCUUUGGUUUGACAUCAUUGAAGGGGACAUGAGGAGGCCCAGUGAUGGAUGCAGCAGGUUUUUGGUGAAUGGAAAAGCUCUUGCGGCAGGUUUUUUUUUACUAAUGGGGAAAAGAAUGAAGGAAGGCAACAGGCUAAGAAUGAAAUGUUCCAGCUCUGAUAAGAAACCUAUAUAUUUUCUGUUUAAACUCUCAUCUGAAAUGAAAGCUUUGGGCUGGUUGAUCUAACACCUCUCUUUUCAAACACUGAAACUAGAACUGUUUGAUGGCAUGUCUGCUCUUCAUAGAAAAAUCUGAUCCCAAAGAAAAUAAGACUUUACUGUUUCUUUGGCCCCAUUUUUCUCUACAAUACUUAUGAGAUGUAGGGGUUUAUAACUGGGAGUUAUUUCAAGAAUACUGUGAUAUAUUCCUCAGCAAUAAUACUGUUAUGAAAAAAUAAUGAUAUUUCAACUGAUUCAGUGUAAAAACAAAAAAUAAAUAGGGGGUACUGCCAAAAUAUGUGUUUCAUAAAACUCCACAGUUGGCAUUUUAGAGAAGCUUUUAUGCAGCAAUUAUGUUUAUAGCAGUAUUAUGUAAAAAAUAAAAAUGCAAAACAGAAAUUGUGGGACCUCUGUUUUUUCCAUCCAGGUUGCCCUCUAUAACAGCCAUCCUCAAAUUCCCUUAGUGAAUUAUUAGAAACCCUGCAUGAGAGUUCCCCGUCUCCUUUCCCUUUUCUUCAGUGGUGUCUGCCCUCUUCCUGCUGGUGGUGUCAGAAAAAGGAAAAGUCCAGACACUCGUUCACUGAGUGGGAGUCCAGCUGGAAUGUUUGACAACAGAAGACUGAACACAUGCUGUGUAACCUUCACUGACCUCUGAAAUCCCAUGUAUGCAUGCCAAUGCAAGGGAGUGCCUUCAAGCCAAGGCUGCCCAUAUGUAUGCAGACUGAAAAGUGCUUGGAUAAGCUCGCGUUCUUGUUCCCAGCUGUCUGUGCUUUCGGUCCAAAUUAUAGUUAGAUUAGAUUAGGUUAGAUUGGAUAGAACUUUAUUGAUCAUUUUGGGAAGGUUCCCUCAGAGAAAUUAGAAAUGGAUGUACACUGUACAUUAGGUACAUUGUACAAGUUUGAUUUAUAAACUUCAUAAGUUAACUUAAAUAAUGUCUCUUUUUGUCAUAUCAUUUCUCUUUUGGGGCCAAAGGGAUACUAAGCUAUCUCUAUAAAUAUUUGUGUUAAAACAAAUAUUUUUAAAGUUCAGUUUUCCCUGUGGACUCACUAUAACUAAGACAUGUUAACCUGGUGUAUCUGUGCACACACACGUCUGUGUACCUCUUUCCCAUUAGUUGAGCCACAUUUGAGGUUACAUUAUUGAGUGGAUGAUGAUGAUGAUCUCAGCUUUUGCUUGUCCCCAUUGACUUAACAGGUCUUAUUCAUUAACAGUGAUCAAUAGGACCACCGCUGUGUGUCCUGUUAUCACAGCUGGCACAGGGGCAGGCAGAUAAUACAAAUGAACGGCUUGUAAAUGUUUGUCAGUUAGUUAUUGUUGCUGUAGUACAUUUGAGAUAAUGUUUGUUUAAAUGUCUACACCAGGAAUGUGAACUGUUGAUAAUGAUGUGCGUGUUCAUUCAGCAGAUGAAACCCUAAAUAUCCAUGUUGUUCACGGCAUAAAAACUAAUAUUAGAGGGAUGCAAGUUUAAUUGUAAGUUUAAAAAAAGAUCUCAGAAGGAUAAGCAGAGUAUUUUUCCCACAUUUCUUCGCUUAUGAAGUUCCUGGAAUCAAACAAAGACGGCUGGCUGUGCAGCAGUGUAGUUUGAGUCUUUUUUUAAUCAUAGCAGCAUGUGGAGAUUAGAAACGAGUCAUGCUGACAGCUUAAAACGAGAAAGAAGGAAAGAAAUUAGAUUAUUUGAAAACUGCUGAAAGAAUUAACCCCACUGAGCAAUAAUUAUUUCAAAUAAGAAAUAAAACUAUUUAUAGAUUAUAUAAUAGCUAAUGUUAAGUCAUACUGUUGUUUUCACACGCACAAAAAAAUCUUUGGCUUUGUGAAUCUCAUGUGAAUGUCAUGUCAUCAUGUCAUUUCUAGUCUUGACUAAGAGGAAGAUUUCAUGAGUUUCCUGGAGCUUUGUUGUGUAAUUAUUUUGCAUUGUCCUCAAGAGGAUUAUUGGUAGAUUAGUAGAUGCAGGUCCUACCUCUGCUGUAGAGAGGUGUCCUCAUUAGAGUGACAGAGGAAGAGCUUCAGUAAUGUAUCAUGUAGGGCUGGGCGAUAUGGCCUCAGAUCAAUAUUACGAUAUAUUGAGCAGCUCAUCUCGAUAACGAUAAAUGGAUGAUAACUACUCCAUCAGCUGCUCACCCCCUCCUGCAUUAACUUAACGCUACAACUUUUGAACCGUCCUCCAUCUCCUCACCUGUCUUUCCCUCUUUGUUACGGACUGGAUGGGGUGGAGUCACGUCUCUGAUGUAGGACAGCAUCUUAAAGGGACAUGAGACCAUAGCCUACCUACACACAUCCAAAACCAGCUUUUAGUUAUUCAUUAUUUUUGACACCGAUUAUAUUGACAUGGGAAAAAAGACGUUAGUUAUUGUCGUAAAUGUUGGUAACUGUAAAUUUUCGUUUUAUCGACCAGCCCUAAUAUCUUGCAUAAAUGGUGUUAUUUAUAACUCACACACCAAAUGCCAGCCUAACUCUCUCUUUACAUCUUUCUCAGGUGUUUCCACCAUGGCAUCCAAACCUCACCCUCCUCUUAUGAAGAAGCACAGUCAGACAGACCUGAUCAGCCGCCUGAAGAGCCGGAAGAUCCUUGGAGUCGGCGGCGAGGAUGACGAUGGCGAGGUGCACCGCUCAAAGGUUAGAUGCUAAACAUUUAGGGGAGAGUGAAAAAAUCAAUAGAGCAUAGUAUCACGAUAUUUUGUCUGGUGAUAUAUUGUAUUGUCUCAUUUACCAAGUAUCGAUUCUUUAAAUUAGUUGCUAAUAUGAAGUCAAAUUUUUGAUGACAGAGGUGACAUCCUAGAGCAGUAGAAAGUCAGUACAACAAAUAUAUAUUUAAGGUUUGCAGGAUGUGCUACAUGAAAAUAAAAUACAGCAUAAAUAAGACAAAAAUAAAGGAAAGCCAAAUGCUAAAUUUGCUAAACAGUUGAAAAAAUUGUACAAAUCGCAAUACUCACUGUAUUGCAAAAUGUUAAAAAUCACAAUGAUAUCGUAUCGUGAGGCCACUGGUGAUUCCUUCCCUCACUAAACAUGAUUAUUUUACUCCUGUCUUCUGAAUUCAGUCAGGUAAUGAUGCAGACAAUACAGUCCUGUAGCUGGGGCAUCAGUAGAAGAGAAAAAAAAAACAAAAGAAGUGAAGCAGUUAUCAGUAAAAUAGAUGGUGUUGCAGUGAGACAUGGGCAGACAUAGUAUUUAACCGGCGAUGUAUUAAUUCACCCCUGUGAAGAGAUAUGGAUUCCUUUUAAACGCCACAAUGGGCCGCUAAUUAGCUCAUCACUCUCCUGGCGUUGUGUUGUGUAUUUGCUCCUUCUGCAUCAGUGAAUCUAGAUCACACAAUCUCAUGAGCGACCAAACUCCACCGAGAUGUGACUCGCUCCCCUGGGAGAGCGAGCGAGAGAGACCCCCCGCCUCCUGCGUCCCCUUUAUUCUCUUCCUGCCUCACAUUUAUCUACACAUACAUACAGACACCAGUGAACAAGGAUAUGUACACCAAAAACAUGACAGCACACUGGCUUACUCAUGCCAGGAAAAACACUUCUCAGAUUCGUGCUUGUUGAUGCAAAGUUUCAGGCUGGCAAUAAAUAAUUCCUUCUCCCUUUUUCAGACAGCUUAAAUGACUUUUAUCCCCCUUUAUCAGAUUGCUGUAGAAUAAUCAUAGGCAGAGCACACUGUUCCUCACUGAAAUAUUAAUCAGGCUUGUGUGUGGGAGAAGGGAACAGAACAGAAGGGAGCGGGCAUACGGUGGUGGCUGAUAGUUUGCGAUGAAAUGUCGGCCCCUUUUUCUCAGCCCUCCUCAGUGUUUGUUCUCUCUCCCGGUGUUUUAGCGAGGAGCCUAACCCAGACAUCUGCCACUCUGUCCCUUUGAAUAAGCGUAAUCAAGGAUGCCUCAGAACAAGAAACCCUUGAUUCAUUCCCAUGCCAGCUAAUAAAAUUAAUUGAAUUCUGAUUAGAGGCUUGUUGAAAUGACUGAGUAGUGGUUCAGCUACAUGUACGUUAAAGGAGCAGUGCUAUUUCAUCAAGCAUGUACAUAUGCGAUAGAGGCCUUGGUAUGUUGGCCUUGCUUUUGUACCAUGUUGAUGCAGUCAGAUAGAGCUAAAGCUAUGUAGCAGCUGUAUUCAUAUUGAGUAAAAUAGAGACAACAGCCUUUGAAGUUUGGGUGAUAGUAGGCCUGGGUGAUUUGGCAAAAAAAAAGAUCACGAUAUAUUUUGUCAUAUCGUCUGAUCUCGAUUAUUAUCACGAUUUUCUUUAACUGCCUGUUUUAAAGCAUUUGUACUUAAAACUAUGAAACUAGAGAUUAGUUCAACAUACAAAGUAAAUAACAAAGCAAAUUGGAUAAUAUAAACUUGGAAAAAUAUAAAAAAACAAAUGUAGAUAAAUACGAGACAAUACAGUGAAUCAGAGAUAAUGAAGACGCCUUAAAAUGUAAACAUUAGAUUAUGUAAACGUAAAUGAUAUGAUUAAUCGCUGCCAAGGUCUGGUGGCUGCACCACUAGUUGUGGCUAAACUGCUAAUGCUACUCGUGCUGUCAGCAGUGGCAGGCUGUACAGACUUCACUCACAUUGUCAUGCGUUUCUCAUAAUCAUUGGGUAGGUCCUUCUUCAAAUGAUUAAACAGAUUUGUUGUGUUGCCGGUUUUUGAUGAUACCGAUCGCUGACAUACCUUGCUCAUCGGCUUUAUUUCCCGACGUGUCUUUGGAGAUACAUCGCAACACAACCGAUGUUGAAUAACUGAAUAACAACAUCUUCGGAGAAUGACUCAAAGUCACUGCUGACAACAAUCUUGCUGCCCUCAGCUCCGCGUUUAGCUCCAUGUUUGGUCAUUCGGUUUACUUCUCCUGUUUGUGUGAGCAGGAAAAGCUCGACUCUGAUUGGCUGUUGUGACGCACAUUUCCUCUAUGUUUGAUCGAGUAAAUAUGAUCGUCGAUCACGAACAUAUAAUCGCCCAGUCCUAGGUGAUAGACUGGUAUAAAACCACAGAGUUAUUCCUAAUUUGGACUCUUUAAUAUCCGCUUAUUUACCAAACCUGAUACUGUUAUCACAAUAUCAAACUACAAGAUCACACAAUGCUUACCAAUGUUUUUUUUUAGACCCUGCAGUACGUGCUGUUUUAAAUUGCAGGCUGCCCUAUUUAACCAUGGCAUUGACUCUAAUUUAGAAAUUAAGUGUUGCCUUAACAAUCCAAUUGUUUCGUUCUCUUCUGCUGCAUUGUGCUGUUAGCCUUGAGUCGCUCUUCCACAAGUGUUUGUGGUGAAGAGACUCAUGGGAUCUUCCUGUAAGGUUAGCUGCACAGCACGGGUCGUUUUGGAAGAGGGGGGCAGUUGGCUUUAUCCCUGUGGUCGCUGUAGACAAUGAAGGGAAGUGCUCCUGUGGUCUGUGGACUGUCGCUUCCUACUUUUUUUUGACUGCCUGCAGAUAAGAAUACUGCUCCUAUUAAUUAUACCCAGUAAGAGAAAAGCUUUUUGCUCGUGCUGCAGCCAUAUGUGAGUGCUACAGCGCCAGGAGGUAUUGACUUAUCAGCUCCUUUGACUUGAUGGUUCACUGCUUUAGUGCUAAGGUCAUAUUGCAACAACCGUGCUCUGGCAGCAUGAGUCUGAGGCUUCAUAAACCGAGGCAAACCAUAAUGUGCUGUGGUGGAUACAUCUGUAUGAGACAUUCACCUCAUCUGCUUGUGUGGCUGCAAAAAGCUCACAUCGUCCAUAAAUAAACAUGAGACAGGAAACUAAUUGACUAAAAUUUGAGGUCGCUACCUCUCCUGAAUAUUUUUUCAUACUCCCUGGCGGAGAAGUCGACCUUUGUUUACUGACUGUGGCUGACUGGGUGACUGAUGACAAAACCAGGCGGUAGCAGCUGGUAUUCUGAGUCCCUCACAAACAACGCUGUGUGUUUCUUUCUUUUCCUGUUUCUCUCCUCCGUCUAAAGCUCCCUUCCAUCCUGUUCCACCUGCAAGCCAGUCUUUUACCGUCAUAUAACAUUUGGUUCCACUUGACUAUUUCUCAUGCCAGUCACAAAUAUUUAUGUAUUCCUGUUGAAAACUACGGCUAAAACCACAGACACAUUAAGUUUGAUUCAGCUGGCUGGUGUCAGCUGCACUGUGAAGAGAGAAGUAAUAGGUCUCAUUUGAAAGUCUUUAUCUUGAUAUUUGUGGAGUUUUGCUUCAAAGGCGUCUUUCCCUGAAGGACUCCUCUCUGAGAUCAAAGCCAGCACUGGUAUGUGGAGAUGUUAGAAAGGAAAUUACUUUUUUCGUUUGAUUCAAUUUGCAGGGAAAUGAAGGCCAUUGAUUUAAAAAACAAUUAAUCCUAUUUUAAGAUUUGACUUCUUCUGGAGGCAUGUGGAUAAUCUGUCAUGACAAGAUGUGGUCAGCUGGUUUUGAAAGUCUUCCUGAUUCAGUGCUCUGUUCGUAACAUGAAAAUAUUUGGGAUUGGUAAAAGGGAGCACUUUUCUACGAAAGAGGAUUAGGGCCACAUGAAGAGGAAAAAAUAAAUUAAAGGAAGGAGAUAUGAGUCAAAAUUUUAAGAUUAAAGUAGAAACUUCACAAUUAAAAAAAUUGAAAUUUUGACAUUAAAGUCUAAAUUUCACGAUGUCAAAAUGUCGAAAUAUCUUGAAUAAUGUUGAUAAUUUGAGAUUAAAAAAUUUGAGAUAAAAGUCGAAAUUUUGACAUUAAAGUUGAAAUUUGGAGAUUGCAAAAUGUCAAAAUAUCGUGAAUAAUGUUGAUAUUUAGAGAUUUAAAAAAAAUUGAGAUUAAAGUUGAAAUUUUGAGAAUAAAACCGACAUGAAUAAAGUCAAAAUUUCGACUUUUUAAAAUUUUGACUUUGAUCUCAAAAUUUUUACUUUAAUCUCAAAAUGGAAAUUAAAAAAUUCUUCCCCUUGUAAUUAUUUUUUUCUCUCUUUGUGGCCCUAAUCCUCUUUAAGCUUUUAUGAACAUAUUUCAUGAAUUAUCUUGUUAACUCACACUGACAAUGCUUAUCUCAUUCAGCAAAAGAAAAACUCUGUGUCUAGAUUCCUGGUAAAAGUUCUGUCCUGAUAGUAAGUUGAUGGUGUUUUAUCUUUAUUUAGUUUCAUUGAUGCAUAAAAAUAGAUUUAAUGGAGAGAGAGGCUGAAUGGUGACGGGCUUUCAUCGAUACUAGAGGAGUUAUUGGACCUGGAGGCUCUAAAUGAAGGACAAAACCUCCUUUUUUUUAAAUGUCUCUGCGGGUUACUGGCUGUUGAAGCAGAAAACUCGGUUUAGAUUUGCUCUGUUCUCUGUGUAUUCUCCAACAGUUUGUUCACCCCUCUGCCCUGGUUUGAACCUGAAUUUGUGACCAAAUGUCCGCUCUAAUGUCCUCCUCACAUGGUAAAAGCAUGAGCGCUGUAGCUGCAGACCACAUCAAUAGUCAUUGUGUGCAUGUAAGCACACACACACACACACACACAGAGAUAAGCACAGCUUGUCUCUCUUCACUGACUUAGAUAAGCCUUUCCUCGCCUGAAGGUAUUUGUUGCACAUAAGAUGCUUCAGAAUUGAAAACAGUGCCUUUUGAACUUAGUAAUCAAGUCCUUCAUAGGAUUACAGAUCUCGUUUGUUUGCUCACUCUACACAAAUAAAAUUAUAUUACCAUCAUUACGAGCUUAUCUUUAAAAAAAUCCAUUGGUCACAUAUUCCAGUCAAACAAAAUGAUGACUAAAACACCACUGUGAUUUUUAAAACGCCCAAGGUCAGUUCAUUUAAACUAAAAAUACCUUUGUGUGAGAGUUUGUCCAAACAAGCAUUGUUCAAGUGGAUAACACAAUCCAACAUUUUAAAAGGCUGGACAAAAGCCCAUGUCUCACCGGUUCUGAUAAGUGACCUCAGGGAUUGGUGUGAGGGGUUUGGGGAGAUUUGGCAGUGAGGCUUUAGAUCAUAACAAAGAGCUGCCAUACUCUCCUCUUUAGAUCAUGUGUGAGAAUUUAAGGUGGCGUGGAAAUAAAUCCCUCUUAAGAUGCAACAGGUCCUUUUAGGGGGUCUACAGACUUAAAAGUUAUAGGCUCUGUUAUUCUCUCUAAUCAAUGUCAUCGAUUCAGCAUAUGAACCUGGACUGUGUAGAAGGUAAUCAAUGAAGAGACUACACAUUGCAUUGAUUUUGUUUAUUGAUUUAUUGAUAUUCUGAGCGAUCUCAUCACUGUGUCUGUAGAUGUAAAUCGACUGCAAAGUAACAGCUCUGUGUGUCAUGUGUAAAUGCACACCGCGGCUCUCCUGACAGGGAGACACAUUUGUUCCUGCUGUGUAGGGAUCACAGCACUGCAGGUAAACUCGAAAACACCUGGAGCCUACUUGCUAUCAAAAUUUCUGGGGGCACCUGUUAAUAGGGCUGGGCGAUAUGGCCUCAAAUCAAUAUUACGAUAUAUUGAGCAGAUCACCGAGAUAACUACUCCACAAGCUGCUCACCCCCUUCCACAUUAACUUUGUCUACUCCAGCCACUACAACUUUUGAACUGUCCUCCAUCUCCUCACCUGUCUUUCCCUCUUUGGUACUGACUGGAUGGGGUGGAGUCACGUCUCUGACGUAGGACAGCGUCUUAAAGGGACAUGAGACCACAGCCUACCUACACACGUCCAAAACCAACUUUUAUUUGUUUAUUUAUUUGACACUGAAUAUAUUGACAUGGGCAAAAUGACGUUUGUUAUUGACGUAAAUUUCGGUAUCGGUAAAUUUUCAGUUUAUCGCCCAACCCUACCUGUUGCAGUUUAAGUGCAUGCCCGUGUACGGAGGCUGUAGUCCCUGUUGCAGCACUGGCUGGUUUGAUUCUUUGUUGCAGCCCUUGGUUGCAUGUCUUUCCUCACCCUCGUCUCCCCAGUUGGUCUUUAGCUGUCAUCUAAAAUGUUGUAAAGUUUGAGGCUGUCCCCGUCUCUCCCUCUUUUGGAUACUUCUAUGAUUUGUGCCCCCUCUAAAGCAUCCUGGCAGAAGCUUGGUAAACAAACGUACCAGCUGUUUCUUCAGACUAAAUUGUGAGGGACUCAUUUAAAGGAAACUGCAAAAACAAUAAAACAAUCAGUAUAAAGAAGUGAGUCUCCCUCUUAUCAGAUCCUGCAGUUCUCUUAACUUUGCCCCACUUUUCAUCUUUCAACCCCUUUGUAUGAUGUGCCUGAGACAUGCUGUGUUAAAUAUAGUCAUGUGAAUGCAUUCUCUUUGAAUUUGAGUGUGAAGUAUGCAUAUGAGCUUAAUGGUUGUGCUUUAAUAUGAAGAGACCCAUGUGAAUAUAUUAUCAUAAGCAGUCAUUAGCAUUCCAGCAUCGUCUUGCAGCGAUGAUAAGAGAUGCUUAUCACAACAGAUUUCACCAGGGAAACGCUUAAAUCUGUUCCUUUAAUUUUGCAGGAUGAAAAGACUCAUUCAGCUUUUCCAUUUAACUAGAACAAAUAGUUUCUUUUAAUUAGUCAGAUUUUUUUUCCCAAUGAAUGCUCCAGGCUCUGAGUAUUAUGAAUCGAGUUUUAUGCGGCACUUGUGUUGCUUGGAUUAAGUUGUUUGUAGAAAAUGAGCCUCUUCCUCUGUUAUAAGCCUGAGAUUUGGUUUCCAGCCAGCCUUCACAGCAAGUUGACAUUAAAACAUCCCCUGUCUGUCUUGAGGGAGUGGUAAAGGAAGGAAAUACGCUACCAUCUUUGAAUUAUUUGCCAUUUCUUUCUUCCUUUUUACAGCUCUGUUUAAUGUUUCUCUUCUCAGUGGCUUCCUACAGGUGUGUUGACAACUGCAAACGCACCUCCACGGGGAGUGCUUUAAUAAUUCUUUGUUUCAGGCUGUCAAAACAAAUAUCUGUCACGAGGAUUUUAUUGCUAUUGCUCUUUCCUUCUCAUAACUCAUAUCCUUUUUUCUGCUGUCUUGCCCUGUUUGCUCACAGAUCAGCCAGAUGCUCGGAAAUGAGCUGAAGUUUGCCGUGCGAGAGCCUGUCGGGCUGAGGUGAGAUUUCAGCUGCUCAGAAAAGCUCACAGUUAGCGCAGCAGACUGUGUAGGGUCAUCUGUGUGUCACUUCCAGGAAAGUUCAACAUCUUGCAAACUCUUGAGACGGGGAAUGUACUGUCAGUGUUGACUGCAGAAAGUAUGCAGUAAGUAACGCUAUCUCUCUCUUCCUAGGGUGUGGAUACUCAUCUCUGCUGUGGGUUUCACAGCUAUGGGCCUGAUGGUAAGUGUUCCCUGUAGUAUCAACACAGUCAGCAGCUUGUUUCACAUUCAUAAUUAGAAAAAGCCUCAAUGCAGAGGCUUUUCUAAAGCUAUGAAACAGAAAUUAAACAGUCAGUACGUUUACAUGACAUUUGAGAAAACCAAAUUGUUGCCUCACUCCGAUUAAGACCAGACAACUGAAGUGCAUGUGAACACUUUAGUACGACUAUAAUCCGAGUAUGAGAACUCUGAUUAAGACACCCAGAUAAUGCGAUUGGAAUUUGAUUUUCUCUACCAUGUAACCAGCAUAGUGAGAGUAUGAUCGGACAAUGCAUGUGGGCCACGCCUUCAUUAACCCUGUAACAAAAACGCCAGAGAAGAUGUACGAUCCUCCAUCUUCUUGCUCGAAAAUGCCCAGCAGCAUUUGUAGCCAUAAAUGUUUAUAAGAAAUGUAAACAUAUAUAUAUCUAUGGUUGUAGCCACUUCUGACGUCUGGCACGGACCUGCUGUUGUUUUUCACAGUUGUAUAGGGUCAGAAACAGCACUGCUGAAAAGACCCAUAUCACCCCCUAGUUUUUGGGGAGAAGGACAUGUUCACGUCAAUAAUCCGAUUUUCUCAGCUGCAUGUAUACGCGGACAAAGAGAGAAGUCCGAUUUGGCAAAAAAAAAAAAAAAGAACUAUAAACUUAGUCCCAUUCAGCUGUGCAUGUAAACACACUGACUGACUCUAGAAAUAGAAAACAUCCUCUUAGACAAACCGGGUAGUGAGUUACUGUAGAUCCUUUCUCAUCAAUGAGGGACAUCUGGAGAAACAGCGCAGUCUUUGUCGGCUGUAUCAUCAUAAACACUCACUAUCCUCAGUGCUCAGGGCAUCCACAGACUACUGUGUUUUGGGGGCAUUUGUUGAAGACAGAGUUCUAUUGUACUGUAUGAUGGACUUGUGGUGUGCUUUUGUAUUUCCACACAGGCUCUGGUGUUUCCAAAUCAACUAUAUGAGGUUGUUUUUGAGGAAGAGCUCUCCACGACUAGUAUCUCUGUCCGCCUUUAUGGAGGAGCACUCCUCAGUAAGUCACUUCUCCAACACUGCAUGAUUAUGGUAUAUUUAUGCUCAAGUUUGUGUAGCUGAAGUACAUUUAUAUGCAGCAGGGAAUACAUCAGCUAUGUUAUAGCAAUGCCGAAACAUAACACUUGAAUAUGUAUUUUUUACAUGCUAAAAAUAUACACAGCUCAACUGCACAUGGGCUUUGGUGGUAGAGCCUUGAAUACAUCCAUUUCAAAUGAUAAACUUGCCUUCAGAACAUGUACAAAAAGCUCUCUCACUGCUGUAGUUUCAUGCCUUGGGCCACAAACAGAGGCUGUGUGUAAUAUUCAGCUCUCUGUCUCUGCAGUUCACUAUUGGAGGCCAAUUUUGCAGAGCUCUAGCAGCAAAGGCUCAAGUUGCCUCUGUGCCCGUGGCCUCAUAUAUCAAGUCCAGAUCUGGUGGGAACACUGUCAGUGAUAGCAGGACAGUGUAUGCACUGUACAAAUAUAUAUGCGUGUGCCUUUGUGCGUGUGUGGGGGAUGGAACCACACAUAGGAGAGUGUGUUACUCAACUUUGUAUACUGCAGCUGGGUCACUGAAUCCGGUACUAACUCAUUUUUUUCUUGUGCUUUCCAUCCAAAGUAGAUACCUGUUGAUUAUAAAUAUGCCAGGUAAUUGUGGCCUUUCGAACGCCGGCCACCUCUGUGAGAUGUGAGCAAUUACAUUAAUGGUUUUAUCUUGAGCCAAGGCCUACAUACAAGUUGAUGAGUCACUUCAAGACUGAUUACAGUGGUUUGUGAUGUCUUUGUGAAGAGAUGCCGUGUGAGAGGCAGGUAGCACACGGGUUCGUCCUUAAUCGAAGAGGAAGAUGGGGAAAAAAAAGCAUGCUGAGGGACAAAACUUAUCAUGUAUAGCAAAUUUGGUAACACUUAAUUUGAACCCACCUUUUAUAAUGCAUUAUUAGCACAUUUAUAAAGCAUCUAUAAGGCUUUAUAACAACCCGGGUGUGAACAUUAUAAUUCUCACAACUUGACCCAGUCAUGAACAACUUCCCUUUUAUACAUUUUCUCAAGUUCAUCUUCAGCCGUUCAGGUUUGUCGCUCGGCUCAGAUUUCUUUUUUUUUUUUUUUUACAUUUUAAAUAAAACAUGAGAAAAUAAAAUCUAUAAAAGUUAAAAUAAUGCUGCAACCUUUUACCAAAACAGUUUCCAAUAAAUAAAAGAUACUCAGAUAAAUUACACAAGAUUUAGGGGGCAGACACAAUCUUCUUUAGGUCUAUUGGCCUGGCAACUUUUUAAACAUCCUUUGAUCACUAAAUGAACUUUGAGAAACACACCUGAUGCCCAGUCAUAAAUGCGUCAGUUAGAGUCGAGCAUGACAGCUGCUUUUGCUUGUUCACAAAGGCCUGGUGUGACUUUAUUGCUUAAACGCAGAGGAGGAUGACCUUAAUAUCACAGCUGAGUUACUUUUAAUGUGUCCAAAGUCUGUGUCCUCAAAGAACCACCGAGGUUGUUCCUGUUUGCCCACUCAGAUCCACUAACAAAAGGCUGUUUCAAUGAAAGAAAGGAGCUGUGCUUUUCCUUCUGGUCGGUGUGAGAACUCAGAUCUGAGUCACUCUUUGAAAUGGUCUGGUACCCAUACAUGUACCUGUACACCCCUAACAGGUAUAUGCUGUAUUUGCUUGCAAGAAUAAUUUUCGAUCCAGAGUCUGGCCCUGAUGCUUGUCCUCUUAAGACUUCAGGUUCAGGUUAUCUGGCUCUGCGGUGGUUGCAUCCUUUAGCUAAUUUGUUUGUGACGAAGAUUGGUUGUCAAACUUUCCACCCUGAAGUCAAACAGCUUAGAUUGAUAUGCCAUCAAACAGGUGAAUGUGCACAUACACUAAAUUGCACUGACACACUUUCAGCGUUCUCCUAUGUUACUGACUUACAGCAGUCAUUAAAUUAAAUCUUACUCAUGUUUGUCAAAGUUCCCCUAAACAGAAUCGGCACAAAUUAACCCAGUUAAAAUGAAUCUCCUGACAAAAUUCUUAUAUUGUUUCCAAAGUGUGCUGAUUAGGAAGACACCUAAGCUCAGAGCAGACCCAAUAUGCAAAGCUUUGCUCUACUAAAUUUACCAACUUCAGAAUAUUUCAACAUUGGACUUGGUUUGAUGACUCCUUGUCUCCUGGGCAUGGUCAGUCACAGAAUCUGCCUCUUCAAUGUCGAUUCUAGUAUUUACUCCUUUGAGCUUUUCUGCCUCUCCCUUCUGUAAAGACAUUAUUGUUAAAUCAACACUCAGAGUCUGGAACCGGUUUAGGCAGCACUGAGGUUUACAGUCCCUUUCUGUGUCGGCUUUGAUUGCAGCUACCCCUGUGUUCCUCACCUCCCUGACUCACAAAGGUUUUCCCUCCAGAUAUCACACCAUUCAAAGGCUGAUGUACAGAAAAGGCUUUUUCAUCAUUUGAACAAUUGUCUGAAAAAGUAUCAGCUUACAUUGCUCUUUUCUUCAGAUACCUCACAAUUCUGUUAGCUUUAUCCCUAAUAGUAAUCAAUUUUACAUUGGGUUUACUACACUUCAGUCUGUGCUUUACACAUAUUUAACCAAGCAAGACGUGCCCCAAGGUUUAUGGAAAUGUUGAUCCUACUUAGUGCCACCUGACCCUGAAAACACAUCAUCAUAUGUUUUGGUCCUGCGCUAAUGAUUCCUGUCUUUUUCGUUUCCCUUCCUCAAAGCAAGAUAUUUACAAAAAAAAGGAAACCUCACAUCGCGCUGCUUGUAUUCACAUCAUGGUAAAUCUGAAAAUGUAAAAUCUGCUACAUUAAAAACAUUUCCUGCUGUACGAUUACUGCACCGCCUGAGGAGAGAUACUGUACAACCACAUGGCACUGUGGGGAGGGAUAUGAAUAAACCAGCUGUCUAUCUCAUAAGGCCAGCAAAAGAUGGCUUCUUUAUUUUAAAUGCCAGCAGGGCUGUGGGGAAUAGCUGAGAAAAAGGAUGAUGUCUUACAAGACAAGCAGCAGUAAAUGGGGCAAAGGAUGGGGUCUCAUCUGCCACACAGAUGGAACCUGGCAGGAAGAGGACUCAGUCACCCAACAGCCCUCCCACCUUUCUUUCCAGCCAUCCUCGCAUCCAUCACUUCAUUACUAUGUAUGUGUGUGUGCAUUUCUGUCUGUGUGUGUGCGUUGAUGGAGGUCGGAGUGGUAUUCAGGCAAAAAUUAACUGGAAAAAUGACGAGCCUGAAAUGACUGCACACAGGCUUUUAUCACAAUCAAUGAGUCAGUGCAUUCAACAGAAUCAAUAGGCCAAUUAUCGCUGUGCGCUCAUGGUGUCACGGAUAGCAGCUGCAAGUGAACCAUUCUCAUAGUGGAUUUGAUAGUAGAUUUGCUCUUGAAUGCGUAUUUGUCAGCUGUCCUGAGCCUCCUCCUCGUGUUUCUGUUUUCAUUCCCAUGCCCCUGAACCUUUAAAUGCCCUCUUUUCCAGGCUUGGCCCUCAUCCUGUGGAAUGGUCUGUACACAGCAGAGAAAAUCAUCAUCCAGUGGACUCUGCUCAGUGAAGCCUGCUACUUUGCUGUCCAGUUUCUAGGUGAUUAAACUCUUAAAUGUGUUUUCUCCCCCCAUUCCCUUUUGUUCUGCAUGGCUUUGAGUCUAGGAAAAAAAAAACACUACUGAGUUGAUUUUCCUAGAGAUUUUUAUUUUGUAUUUUUUUGGACUGUACUGCCCUCUUGUGUUCAGAGUGUGGACUCACACCAUAAAGAGCCUGAGUGUUCCUUUUUUUAGUGUUUCUCGAAAACUAACUCUGGAUGUUCAUUAUUAACUUUUUUUUCUACUUAUAAAAUCUAAUCCAAGAGAUGGGGGACAAAUACCCAAGUCCUGCUAACACGAAGCUGAGUAGAACAAGAAGAAGAGAAAUAUCCUCUGUGUUUACUUACAUGAGCCCAACAGUGUCAAUGCAAAUAUUGGCAUUUGAGUGUUCCUGUAGGCUAGGUUUUAAAAAAUGAUAACCUGUCAGAGUUAAAAUAUAAAAGUUCAACACUUUGUAUUUCUUAUAUGCAAAAUAAUGAAAUGUAAUGUUGCUGUUUGGUUGCAGUGACAUCCAUCACCCUCAUGGAGAUUGGCAUCUUGCCCAAUGCUGCCAUGCUGCUGCUCCUCAGCCGAGUGCUCUUCCUGGUGGUCACCAUGGCGUACUACUACCACCUGGGGCGUAAACCCAAGAAGAUCUGA